AUGUAUUGUCAUAGGAUUUUUCCUUAUGUCGAACACAAUCAGGAUGCUUUGAGUGAUGAAGACAUUCCAGAUAAUCGAUCAUUUAUCCAUAGGAGAUAUCACAAUUGUGCAAGAAAUUUUCAUGAAAGUGAAAGGUUCCAAAGAAUGCAGUUCCCUGCUCCAACUACUUAUAGACAUUGCAACGCAAGAUUGUUCCACCGUGAAACAUCUACCAUGUGUUGUAAUAAUGGAACAAUUGUUUUGCCACCAGUAACAGCUCCAAAUGAGAUGAUUGAUAUUUUCUUUGACCAAACAGUGGAGGGUCGUCAUUUCAGACAACAUAUUCGAGCCUACAAUCAUGUUUUCUCAUUCACUUCAAUGGGUGUUCAUGUUGAUGAAAACUUAGCAACAAGAACUCGAGAUGUGUACACAUUUCGUGCACAAGGAGCCAUAUAUCAUAAGAUUGGGAGUCUCUUACCAAAUUCUAGCGACAGACCGAGAUAUUUGCAGCUGUAUGUUUAUGACACUAACCACGAGAAUGAGAAUCGAAUGUCUGAAAAUGAAGAAUUGCACUUGGAUUUGCUUGACAAGAUAAAGAAUAUUUUAAAUGCUCAUAAUCCAUUUGUACACACGUUUCGCCAAUUGGCUCAGCGUCCAGACAUACAUGAAUGCAGACUUCAAAUUAAAGAGCAACUACGUAAUGGGCCCCAAUAUGACCUUCCUACUACUCCUGAAGUUGCUUCCGUUUUAGUAGAUGGCAAAGAAGUUAGAAAUUUAAAACCAAGAGAUAUCAUUGUCCAAUCAACCAGUGGUCACCUCCUAAAUAUUGCUGAUAUUGUCGGAUACUAUGAUCCAUUACAGUAUCCUCUGUUGUUACCCUAUGGUUCAUAUGGAUGGGAUACAAAUACCAAAAGUAAUGAUGGCAGAACAGUAACAUGUGAUUUCUAUUCUUAUAUGCUACAGAUUCGCCCUGGUGAUAAAUCUCUUUUUCUUCGAGGAGGUUGCCUCUUACAACAGUAUGUCGUAGAUAAUUACGUGAAGAUUGAGUCCAACAAAUUAAGAUGGAUACAUACUCAUCAGAAUCACAUUCGAGCAGAUUUUUAUCAAGGUCUUCUAGAUGCAGUACAUGUUGGUGAAAAUUAUGGAGGUAAUGUUGGUCGUAGAACAAUAUUACCAUCGUCAUUUGUUGGUAGCACACGAGACAUGUAUCAGCGAUAUCAAGAUGCAAUGGCUUUGAUCCAAAAGUAUGGAAAACCUGAUCUUUUCCUUACAAUGACCUGCAAUCCAAAUUGGCCUGAAAUUAAAGUUGAGUUACUACCUGGAUAUAGUGUUACAAGUGUGAAGUAUUUAUACAAAUAUGUUUAUAAAGGGCCUGACCGUGUUGCACUUGAAGUUCGUCAAGGUCCUAAUUAUGAUGAAGUACAACAUUUCAUAGAGUUCAUAAAUGGAAGAUGGGUUUGUGCUCUAGAAGCAUUGUGGAAAACAUUUAAAUUCCCAAUGACCAAAAUGACUCCUAGUGUAGAAUGCCUCCAAAUACACUUACUAAAUAAGCAGCAAGUGAGGUUUUAUACGUUCCAAGACAUCACAAAUGUUUUAGGCGAUGAGUAUUAUUCCAGAACAAUGCUUACCCAAUUCUUUCAAUUAAAUGUUGAUAAUGAAACUGUAAAUCGGUACUUAUAUCGAGAGAUCCCGCAACAUCAUAGAUGGUGCAAUAAUGCAAAGAUUUGGCAGUUGAGAUUGAACCAUCAAAGAGUAAUUGGUAGAAUUUACACAGUUUCGCCAUUAGAAGGUGAGAGAUUUUACCUGAGAAUUUUACUCAAUCAUAUCCGAGGACCAAAAUCAUUCGAUCAUUUGUUAAUGGUUAAUGGAAUUGCGUACCCAACUUUUAAACAAGCAACUGAACAUCAUGGGGUGCGAAGUUUGUGGGAUGAAAUUUAUCCUUGCUUGAUUGAAGAUUACAUUUCUUCAAAUAGUAUGAAUAAUAUGUAUAUCCUUAACAAAACCCUGCAAGAUAUAAACUGUCUCCUACUACAACAUAAUAAGAACAUAUCAGAAUACAAUUUGCCUGAGAUGACAAUGAAUUUGGAUGAUAAUUCAACAGUUCCAAAGGUCAUACAAGAUGAGCUUGUCAUUGUAACUCCUCGAGAAGACUUAAAUUCUAUAGCCACAUUAAAUAGUGAUCAACACUUAGCAUUUAAUUCAAUCAUGGAGGCUGUGGAAUGUAAUACUGGUGCAAUCUUCUUUGUGGAUGGCCCAGGAGGAACUGGGAAGACAUAUUUAUAUCGUGCACUAUUGGCCUCAGUGAGAAGUCAAGGUCGAAUUGCCAUUGCAACAGCAACUUUUGGAAUUGCAGCUACACUUUUACCUGGUGGAAGGACAGCCCAUUCAAGAUUUAAGAUCUCAUUAAAUCUAGAGGCUUCGUCCGUGUGUUCCAUUACUAAACAAUCAGAUUUGGCAGAACUGAUUAGACGUGAAACAGUCAUCCUUUGGGAUGAAGCUACAAUGACAAAUCGUUAUGCUUUUGAAGCUUUGAAUCGAACACUCAUACACAUCACUGGUGUUGAUUAUCCAUUUGGUGGCAAAAUUAUGGUGUUUGGUGGUGAUUUUCGACAAGUACUUCCAGUUGUUCCUAAAGGUACAAAAGCUGAAACUAUUGCUGCAUCGAUAGUCAAAUCACCUCUUUGGAGUCACAUUCAAAUACUUCGUUUAAAGCAAAACAUGCGCUCUAUAAAUGACCAACAGUUUGGUGAAUUUCUUUUAUCUGUUGGAAAUGGUGUACAACCUACCAUUAUAGAUGAAAUGAUCAAAGUACCAACAUCGAUGGCAAUACCAUGGAAUGGCGAAGAAUCAAUAGUUUGA